AUGUUCUCCUCGAAAUCCACCCGCGUUGCGAUGAUCUUGGUGGCCAGCUAUGUUCUCAUGGCCGGCGCCGCCUCGGCCGCGGCCGCCGGGCGCUGUGAAGGCCGCGACCUGCUGUACCCCACGACAACCGACGAGCUGAAUGAAUUCUGCUCCGAGGCCAGCGACUGCUCCGAGAAGUGCAUCCUGGCUCGCAACGCCUUCCACUACUGCUCGGAAGAGUCGGAGACCGACUGCCUCUCGCAGAUGACCCGACUUGUGGUCGACUGUCGCCGGGUCGCCCCGGCUUCCUUUGGGGCGUCUCUGCAGCGCGUCUGCUUUGAUCCGCAAUCCGGGCCCGAUGGCGAUGGCGACGGCCCAGACGCACCGUCGUCCGGCCCCGACAGCAGCCUGGACCUCGAGCAUCCGGGAAAUGGCGACUUCUGCCCCGUCUCCGGCGUGGAGAAGCACUGCCACGAAUCGGAUCUGGACUGCUCGCGCGCAUGCGCCCAAGCCAUCGAGCCAUACUACUUCUGCUACCUGGGGCAGGACAAGUGCCAUCUGGCGAUGGAGAUUUACAUCGCCCAGUGCCAGGACGCCCAGCCGUCAUCCUUUGCCGCCGGGCUAGAGCGCUAUUGCAACGAGGCCCCCGGAGGGCUGGCGACCUGGCGUGCUGGUGCCAUGGCUGUGGCCGCGGUGCUCAGCAUCCUCCUGGCCCUCCUGUGA